CAUCAUAACCCCAGCGUGCUUGUUCUGACAACCCACUUCAUCUUUAAGGAUUGAGGAGGGGAUCAGGGAAGCAGGGCGGUGGGGGCGGGGCGAAUCCUGGCCAGACCUGGAGGGAAGAGCGGGGACUGAAGUGAGGGGAACCAGGCCAGAGGUCCCCGCAGGAAUGUUUGGGGGCGAGCUGAGAGGGCCGGUCUGAGCCCGCCUUCUCCCCAUUUCCAACACGCAGGCGAUGGGCCCUGGGAGGAGGGAGCGGGGAGGACCAGCUGGGCAGGGGCAGGGGCAGGGGUUACUCUGGGCACCUGUGGGCACUUUGUGUGUCUGUGCUAAUAGACAGCUCGGGUUGUGAAGGGGUGAGGCUGUGUGAGCCUGGAUGUUGAGCAGGUAGAACUGUAUCUCUCAGAGUGCUGGUUUGCGGACUGUUGAGGGAACAGGGUGUGACAACUGUCUUCAAGUUCCAGGAUGUGUGUGGACGUCACUGGCGGAGCUCCUGUGUGGAGUGUGGCCAUGGACUGCAGCUCAGGGUGUCCAGGGCUGUAAGCAUGUGUGUCCCUGAGUGUUGCUGUUGUUCGGGUCGGGGAGUGACCGGCUAGAUCUCGGGGUGUCCAGGGGGUGCCACUCCUUGUGUCUCGAGUGUAUGCCGUGUGUACCUGUGGGACCUGUCUUGGACUGUUAGGGGGCAUCUCUGGGUGACAUGGUGUGUGACUGGGGGCUGUGUCAGUGAUAACGGUUGUGUGCACCACUCAAGGUGCUGAGUGAGACUAUUUGCCAGCGCUAAGGGAUGUGAUGGUCCCUUUCUCAGGGGGCUGUGUGUCAGGGUGUUAGAGUCGGUAACUAUGGGCACAGCUCUGGUGCUGUGGGUGAGACUGUCUCAGUGUGACGAUGGCUGACCCCAAGGCUCUGAGUAAUGUGGCUGCUGCUGGGCAGGCUGUGAUGGUGGUGGGUCUCAGGGUGUUAAGGGAUAUGAUUGUGUAUCUUCGGGUGUGAGACUGUGUGUCCACCCCUCAAGGAUGUGAUCCUACUUCUCAGGGCAGGAGGUGAGGAUGCAGCUGUGUGCCCUCAGGUGUGGCUGUCUGUAGCUUGGGAUGUGUAUGUGCUCACCACAUCCUAAAGCAGGAUCUAGGAGACAGUCCACUGGUCACCACACAUCCUGGCUCCCCUGCCCCCCUUCAGCCUCCUCCCUCUCCCCUCCCAGGGUAUGACUCGCUGCAGCCCUGGCCUGGGCUUUAAGCCCCUGUGUAAAUAAUGGGCGGAUCUCCUGGUCAGGCUGGGCCUGACCCACCACCAAGCUGGUCCACCCAGGGCACUGCCCCCCACCACCCACCCAACAUCCAUGAAGGCUCUGGCAGGGCAAGGGGGUGUUGCUCUCCCCACAGAGGGCUAGCCCUCCAACCUCACAGGCCUGGUGGGGGUAGCGGCACCCCCUAAGCCGCCCCAGCCUGCCCAGGGUGACACUCACAUUUUCCAGUGUUUAGAUUUUAUCUGCUUUAUUAAUGAGGCAGGCGAGAGGCCCACGCCUUGGAGGGAAGGGGGCUGCUCCCGCACCACCAGCAGGAGAGGGUCACGGGGGCCAGGCCAACUUCCCAGAGCCCCGCUUCGUCAUUAGGGGAGCUGGGGCCAGAAGUGGCCCCUGACCAUUGCCAGGAGUGCAGGAAGGGGGGGGUCUCUGCCACCCCAGGUCCCCUGAAGGCUUGCGCUGGGUGGAACGGCCCCUGGAGGCUGGAGCGGGCAGCGGGAGGAGGCAGGGAGCUGAGCAGAGGAGCCGCCCCAGGAGGGAGGGAGGGAGGGAGCAGCCUGUCGGAGAGCUCGGACGCUCGGGUGUAGCGGGCUCAGGCGCAGUGGGGCAGCCGGCACAGCGGGGCAGCAGGGGCCGAGUGGCAGGCGAUGGGGACCCUGCAUCCCAGGCAUCUCCGGGUAAGAAGGCUGGGGCAUGAGGCUCUCCAGCUGGGGAGGAAGGCAUGGAAGGAUGGGGCCCUGGCUCCCCCAGCCUGUCCUUCCUGUGUUCCUUGACUCUCAGCCCAUCUGUCUGUCCCUGUUGAUCUUACCGUCUGUCCAGCCUCCCUUCCCAUAAGACCUAGAAGGCAGUUCUGUCCUCUCAGGCCUCACCAGGGGUUAUCAGGGAAUGGGUGGCCUUGAGGCCUCUGGGGCAGAGAUAUGGAGCUGGCAGGAGCAGAACUGUGGGCAUCCAGGGUGAGGCAGCAGGUCAGAGGUAGGGCCUGGGUGAGAGACAGCGAUGGAGCUCAGAGAUGGGAGUGUGGGGGACAGGGAUGGGGCUCUGGGGACAGGGGCAGGGCUCUGUGGACAGAGAUGUGGCCAAGGGAACAGAGAUGGGUUUAUGGGAACAGGGAUGGAGCUGUGGGAUCAGAGAUGUGGCCCUGGGGAAAUCGUCACUGUGGUGGGGAGAGAUGUGCCCAUAAUAGCAGAGAUGGGGCUGUGACCAUCUAGGAUGGGACUGGAGUAAAGGUUACAUGGUGAUGGUCAGAGAUGGGACAGUGGGGUCAGGUGGGGCCCUGGGAUCAGAAAUGGCUCAAUGGGUAUCAGAUGGGGCUAGAGGUCAGGAACUUGAUGUGGUGUCAGAAUGGGAGGUGCCCUGUCAGAGGUGGGUGGGUAAGGCCCAGAGGUGGGGUCAGAGACAGGUGGGGCUGCAGGCAGGUGAGCAGUGGUGGACAGAGAAGCAGGCAGGGAGGGCAGACUGAGGCCGGGAGGCGGAGUGGAUCAGGAAUGGGGAAGCCAGUCAUCUGAAGGUGCCAUGAACAGAGGGUCUAUAGAAGAACUCCAUGGGGUCAAAUGGGUCUUGAUGAUCUGAGAUGGGACCACCAGCUGGUGCCAGGCCAAUGGUGGGACCUCACCUUCCCCUCCUCUCCUCCUCCCCAGCCCCACCCCCGGCACCUGACAUGAGCCCUUGCGGGCCCCUCAACCUGAGCCUGGCGGGCGAGGCGACCACGUGUACGGCACCGGGGGCCCCCAACGCGUCCGCCGGACCACCGUCGGGCCAGGUGGGCGCGUCGCCCGCGCUGCCCAUCUUCUCCAUGACGCUGGGCGCCGUGUCCAACGUGCUGGCGCUGGCACUGCUGGCGCAGGCCGCGGGCCGUCUGCGGCGCCGCCGCUCGGCAGCCACCUUCCUGCUGUUCGUCGCCAGCCUGCUGGCCACCGACCUGGCGGGCCACGUGAUCCCGGGCGCGCUGGUGCUGCGCCUGUACGCGGCGGGGCGCUCGCCGGUCGGCGUGGCCUGCCACUUCCUGGGCGGCUGCAUGGUCUUCUUCGGCCUGUGCCCGCUGCUGCUGGGCUGCGGCAUGGCCGUGGAGCGCUGCGUGGGCGUCACGCGGCCCCUGCUGCACGCGGCCCGCGUCUCGGUGGCCCGCGCGCGGCUGGCUCUGGCCGCGCUGGCCGCCGUGGCCUUGGCCGUGGCGCUGCUGCCGCUGGCGCGCGUGGGCCGCUACGAGCUGCAGUACCCGGGCACGUGGUGCUUCAUCGGUCUGGGCCCGGCGGGAGGCUGGCGCCAGUCGCUGCUCGCCGGCCUUUUCGCCGGCCUCGGCUUGGCCUCGCUGCUCGCCGCUCUCGUGUGCAACACACUCAGCGGCCUGGCCUUGCUGCGCGCCCGCUGGCGCCGCCGCUCUGGACGGCACUUCCCGGCCGGAGGCCCCGACAGCCGCCGUCACUGGGGAGGGCACGGAGCCCGUUCGGCCUCCGCCUCGUCCGCCUCGUCCGUCGUGUCGGCCUCCGCCGCCCCCAGCGGCUCUCUGGGCCGUGGCUCAGCGCGCAGAGCCCGCGCCCACGACGUGGAGAUGGUGGGCCAGCUCGUGGGCAUCAUGGUGGUGUCGUGCAUCUGCUGGAGCCCCCUAUUGGUGUUGGUGGUGCUGGCCAUCGCGGGCUGGGGCUCCAGCUCCCUACAGCGGCCGCUGUUUUUGGCCGUUCGCCUCGCCUCGUGGAACCAGAUUCUGGACCCCUGGGUGUACAUCUUGCUGCGCCAGGCUGUGCUUCGACAACUGCUUCGCCUCCUGCCUUCAAGGGCAGCUGCCAAGGGCAGCCCCGCGGGGCUGGGCCUCACCAGGAGUGCUUGGGAGGCCAGCUCGCUGCGCAGCUCCCGGCACAGUGGCCUCAGUCACUUCUAGGCGCGCCCAGCGGCUAAGCCAGACUAUCCGGGGCCUGCCUCAGGUCUGCAGCGUGGAGACUUCGGGGAAUAAAACUGUU